CGUGCGAGUGGUUUAUCUACAUGUGGAUUCAACUGCGUCCGAUUUGAGUGCAUCCUGAUAGAUACAUUACAAAAAAGGACGUAUCCCAUAUAUUAGACUCUAGCAUAGGAAUGAACCACUCUUCAUCUUCCAUUUCUCACAUGGCUUGUUUGGCUCCCUUCAGAGGCCCCAGAACCACACGAUCCAUAACUGAUGCAAUGAACUCACCGUGCAAUAAGUUUCGCUGACCGCACAUGCAAAGUGAAACUUCUUGAAUUACAGCAGGAAGCAAGACGAUGAGAACGAGGCAGAGAGAGCUGGCUUCACACCCGUUUCUGCCUUCAUUUCCUUUCUGGGAUUUCCCAGAGCCAAGAGCAGCUCGGUGCAGGGUGGCAUGGAGAGGACAAUCCGGGACAGCCUGCUAGAGGCCCUGGAGGACCUUGAGGAGCAGAAAUUCAAGGAGUUCAAGUUCAAACUUGAUGACAUCCCGGUGAAGGACGACUGCAGGAAUAUCCCCCGGGGCCGGCUGGAGCAGGCAGACCGCCUGGACCUCACGAACAUGCUGAUCAGUUUUUAUGGGCAGGACUAUGCCAUGGAGGUGACCAUAGCUGUGCUGGAGGCCAUCAACAGGAAGGAUCUGGCCUUCAGACUCCGACGCCUUUCAUUGACCGCUUCCAGGCCCAGUGAAUCCAGCAGAUCAUGGCGGUGGAAGGCAUCCUGGGCCUGCUCUAUGGAGAAGUCCUGACCACCAAGCAGUGAGUACAAUACACGUCAGGAUCAGAUGCGCCCCCUGUACGAGCUGGUGCUGGGCUGGGACCGGCGGUGCAAAGUCUGCCUCUACAAGGUGCUGCGAGCAGGAACAAGUGUCUCAUUUGGGAGCUGGAGAGGACCUAAAGAGAGGAAGUUGUAUAUAUCAGUGGCACUGCCAGAGAAGGCCUGGACAUGACCCACAUCUCUCCUAAUGAGCUGCCCCUGAACUUUGCUCCUCUUCUGGUUCUCUCUUGCUCCCCUCAGCUCUGGCCCUGCCUCAUGUUGGUCGAGUUACCCUUGCUGAACCUCAUGAGACCAAAAUAGCCCUUAUAGGGCGCCUGUACACACCACGGGUUUUAAUCCUUAUUAAAUUCAGUAGGCUUAUAACAUUUAAACAUGUUUAUUUGGGAGCAUCGGACCUGUGUUUACAUGCGGUAGGUUUUUGCACGAAUGAAGCUGGGUCCCUACCGGUGCCACAGGAGAGCAGGUUGGUCCAGCACUGCCCGCUCUAGAGCCCGGGCCCCCCACCCACUCCCUGCCUGGGCCCUGCCAGCAGGGAGCAAACCACACCAGGAAAAAAAAAAGCAGAAGCAAUUCGAAAGUGAAAGAAAUCAAAGGCCUGAGCUACAAGAAGGGUGCAGCACCAUCUCGUGGACAAGAGGCUCCUUACGACUGUGAGUGCCUUUGUGUUCAAUCCACGGACGUGACGCUUUACUUCCUGGCGAGCCAAAAUAAACUACGGCUGAGGAGUUUUAGUUAAUGCACCAGGAAGGCUUUUAAAGGGUCCAGAAAUCCCUCUGGUGUAAACAGACACACAGGUGCAGGACAAGAAAGGGCAAAAAACGUGGUGUGUACAAGGGCCCCUCAACCCCCCCAAAAAGCACAGCAGGGUGCAUCUACACACGCUGUUAAUUUGAAGUAGGCCUCAUUGAACUGGUCUCACAUUGAUCUAGUUGCCACACGUUGGUCUAGUUGUCCUUGUUGAACCUCAUGAGAUUCCUUUUGGCCCAAUCCUCCAAUGUGUUGAGGUUACUCCAAAUCCUAGCCCUACCCUUCAGCGUAUCUUCUACUCCCGCUAUUUACUACCCCUGCUACUCCUAAACCCAUCUCUUUUGGGCAGCUCAGCCCAGCAGGCCCCUCGUGCCCUCGCCCUAAGCUUCCCCCUGUCUCUAAGUGCAACGCUUUGGCUACAUCCAAGUCUAUGGGUCUAGCUCAGCAGCUUCCAACCUUUUCUUUCAUUGGCGGGCCUCCGACCAAAUUCCAGCUGGAGGUGUGGAUGGCGACUACAAGCAGAUCAUUACUGAUGAUAUGUCACGUCUUCUUCCGUGGACCCCUUAGACAUAGUUUGCUGACCCAGGAUUCAUGCACCGCAGGUGGGAAACCAGGCUAGAUCAUUGAGAUGUGACGGCUGGAAGGGAUCUCAAGCAAUCAACUAGUCAACCGAGGAUUGAACCUGCUUAUUAGGGCCCAGCUGCUCAAAGCAAGUCCAUUGGAGGCUGUCCUUGGCCAUGGGGAUGUUCCCCAAUCGUCUGUGACAUUCAUCGUAGGCCUUAAAGGCUCCCGUGAAAGGAUUCUUGUAUGGUGACAUCUUCCUCUUCAAGCUACACACAAAGGAAAGACGUCUAUAUGGACACCGUUAUUGGCCGAAAGCUAUUGUUGAGCUGUUGUUUGCCGUUCAUGCCUGGUCAAGGCAAAAAAAGUCCAGCGCAGCAAACUGGAUGUGCCGAUAUGUUCCCCGAGGAAGAAGAGCCAUUGGGGUUAUCCGAACCUGGAGAAGCGGGAGGGCAUAUCAUUGAGGUUGUGGCCUCUGGCACUAAGCCUGGAAUAGGUGCACCUUGAUGGGGAGGCAUAAUUAUGGCCGAGGGUGGGAGGAAAUGGGGGGGAGCAAUAAACAUGGCUGCUACCACACCUUGUACCCCAAACCCUCGCAUUCGGGAACCAGUGGGUCAAGAGAGUGAAAGCUGCAGAGGCAGGAGUCUGUACUCAUCCUGGGUUACUCAGCAGAGAGGGCACACUCUUAUACUAAGGGCCCUGGUACAUGGUGCAUAUAUUACCAACUGAGGGGUGAAUCACGCAAUAACUUGAGGCCAGCCACAUGUGCAAAGCAAUUGUCGUGCAAUGAAUGAGUGAUUUGCACGAUAAAUUUAAGCUGGCCAUGCGCACAAAGUAAUUAUCACACAUUGAACAGGUGAUUCACGCAAUACAUUGAGGCCGGCCGCACGUACAAAGUAAUCACUGCAUAGUGAAUGGGCGAAUCACGCAAUAAAUUGAAACUUGCCACACAUGCAAAUUAGUUAUCACACAGAGAAUAGGGGAAUUGCCCCAUAAACUGAGCUUGGCCACACAUGAAAAUUAUCACACCGUGAGCGGGCAAAUCGCACAAUAAAUUGACACCAGCCAUGUAUGCAAAGUAAUUAUCACACAACAAAUGAGUGAAUCACACAAUAAAUUGAGACCGGCUGGGCGUGUAAAGCAAUGAUUGCACAGUGAAUGGCUGAAUCUCAUAAUUGAUUGAGACCAGACACACGUGCAGAGUAAUUAUUGCAUAGUGAACAGGCAAACUGCAAUAAAUUGAGACUGGCCUGGCAUGCAGAGUAAUUAUCAUCACACAGCGAACAGGUGAAUCAUGUAAUAAAUUGAGACUGGCCACAUGUGCCAAGUAAUCAUUGCAUAGUGAACGGGCAAAUCGUGCAAUAAACUGAGACUGGACAAACAUGCAAAUAAUGAGCACACAGCGACUGAAUGAAUGAAGGGCGCAAUCAGU